AUGAUCUCAGAUCUCAGCUUGACUACACCACCAGCAAGGGAGAUAACAGGCACUGUCACCAACCCCGAAGAGCUUGAGCGUCUGUUCUGGCUCCUUUAUUCCAUCGAGAAACCGCAUGCGCUGAGGCCUGUCGUCAUGCUACCGGCCUUAUCCGCCAUAGUCCUGUACGUUUUGAUGAAAAGGGGGGAUGAAGGAGAAGACUGUCUGCCCUACCUUGGCAUAGCAUCAGGCUUCUUCGGCAAGUUGCGUGUGAAAGCCGAAAUUGAUGCGGACCUGUUUGCGGAGCUGAGCGAGCUGUUCUUAUCAGCACAUCCGAAGACGCUGGGCCAACAUCAAACACCGCCAGAAUCCAUGAGUGACUCUGUGGAAGGCGACUCGUUUAGAUUGCAAUUGGAGCACAAGGGAAUAUGUGAGACAGCAACAGGCGAGCUUGGAUGCUUUGAUUUUCCACAGGAUAUUUCCGAGAGUAUAUUCGACAUUUCCACUUUAGACGACAUGAUGAUGCCAACGUAG